AUGGACAUCAGCCUACGACAACACUGGAUGAGAGGAAACAUUUCUCUAUGUUAUGAACAUCAUUUGUACUCUUGCCAGAAGAUCAUCUAUCCCCUGGUUAUGAGAGUUGGGAUGUAUUUUCUCAUUGGUUUCAUUAUAUUUUUUACAUUAUUUGGAAACCUCCUGGUUAUCAUAGCAGUCGUUCAUUUCAAGCAGCUCCACACUCCAACCAACUACUUCACUCUCUCUCUGGCUGUAGCUGAUCUGCUUGUAGGAGGGGUUGUGAUGCCUCCCAGGAUGAUACGCACUGUAGAGACCUGCUGGUAUUUUGGAGCUGUAUUAUGUAAAAUACACAGCAGUGUUAAUAUUGUAUUGUGCUCUGUCUCUGUUUUAAAUCUUGCUUUCAUCUCUAUUGAACGAUAUAUUGCAGUAUGUCACCCUCUGCUGUACCACAGGACUAUGCCACCUCAUGUUACAUUAAUCAUGAUUGUUUUUUGUUGGAGCUAUUCUGCUGUAGUAGGAAUCAUAGUCAUGGAGCGAAAUGCUUUCCAGGUUGAACACAAUAGUAAUGUUUUAUGUAAGGGGGCAUGUGUUGCACUAAUAGGGCCAGUGUCAGCUUUGAUAGUUUCUCUGUUCUCUUUGUACAUCCCCUCUGUUAUCAUGGUCUGCAUAUAUGUGAAAAUAUAUGUUGUUGCACAGAGACAGUCACGUACAGUCCAGAACAUUCUCUCUCAACUAAACACACUCAGAGGGCAGCCCACUAUUAGUAAGGCAGAGAGAAAAGCCACUAAAACACUGGCUGUUGUUAUGGGAGUGUUUUUAGCAUGUUGGACACCACCUUCUAUCUACACCACAUACAUUGCAUUUUAUGGUUAUAAUGGUCCACCACAAGUGAUUGAGAUGAUUGCUUGGACUGUUUAUUCCAAUUCAAUGUGUAAUCCUAUUGUGUAUGCAUUUUUCUACAGCUGGUUUAGAAAGGCUAUCAAAGCAAUUUUAUUAGGCAAAAUAUUUAGGAAAGAUUCAUCAAGAAUGAAAUUAACUGAAACAUGGCAACAGAUAAGCAGUAGUCUGUAA